AUGGCCAAGUCAUGGAAGUGUAAGCACUGUGGGAAGGCAUUCACAAGGUGUGCUGCAUUCAAGGAGCACAUCAGAAUCCACACAGGAGAAAAGCCCUUUGAAUGUAAUAUUUGUGGUGUUAAGUUUAGGAAGAUUCACCACCUGAAGACUCAUGCCAAGCAGCAUGAACCCAAGAUGCGGGAUGGGCCCUUCAAGUGUCACGAAUGUCCCAAUGCUGUUUUCCUUCACAAAAUAUCCUAUGACAGACACAGAAAGUUUAAACAUGGCCAUGAAACCCUCAUCACUGAAGGCAAUGUUUUCCUCCCUCCAGAAAUUGUUAUCAAAGGAGAAUACAUAGUGCCAGAGAGUGAGGGUAGAGUCGGGACUGGCUAUGUUCUUGAAGGUGGUAUUGAUGGAGUUGAGGGUAUUGAAAUGGUGGGACUGGAUGAAGGAAGCCUAGGAACAGGCACUCAGGGAGGACAGUGCAUCAUUGUCCUCUCAGAAACAGCAAAUGAUGAUGAUGCAAACAGCCAGGCCUUCCUACAGCAAGUGGAGGUAGCUGAGGACAUCAAGCCACAAUUGAUUUCGCAGGAGGAGGAUGAUGACGAAGAGGAGGAGGAAGAUUCUGAAGUUCAUGACUUUGAUGAAGCUCAGCUGGCCAGCCUGCAGGAACACAUUCAACUGAAUGACCAGAUGACAGCAGCACAGCUCCAGCAGCUGUCUGUAGCCACCCUUGAAGGGGGGAAGUUCCAAGUUCAGAUGGAUGGAGAGACAUUUGAUGUUUAUACUGUCAAUCCUACAGAAUAG